AUGGCAUCCGUCGCCAAACUCGAUGAAGAUCAGGUUCUGGUGGAACGUAAAUCGUAUGCGAGAGUUUUGACAUUGAACAGGCCAAAGCAAUUGAACGCACUCUCUUAUUAUAUGGUAUCUAAGCUACUGGAAGUACUUCAUGACGAUGAGGAAAAUUCUGAUGUUAAAUUGGUUAUCGUUAAGGGAAAUGGAAGGGCAUUUUGUGCUGGUGGUGAUGUUGCAGCCGUUGCUCGUGAUGCAAAAGAAGGUGAUUGGAGGUUUGGUGCAAAGUUUUUUGAUACGGAAUAUAAUUUGAAUUAUUUGAUGGCAACAUAUAGUAAGCCUCAGGUUUCAAUUCUUAAUGGAAUUGUCAUGGGAGGUGGCGCUGGUGCUUCUAUGCACGGAAGAUUUCGGGUCGUUACAGAAAAUACCGUCUUUGCAAUGCCAGAAACAGCUUUGGGAUUAUUUCCUGAUGUAGGCGCUCCAUAUUUCUUGUCUAGAUUAGCUGGAUUUUUUGGUGAAUAUGUUGGUCUUACAGGUGCUAGGUUGGAUGGUGCAGAACUGCUUGCUUGUGGUCUUGCAACACAUUUUGUCCCUUCAUCGAGACUAUCGUUAUUGGAAGAAUCAUUAUGCAAGGUCGAAACUAGUGAUUCAGCUGUAGUUUCUGCAAUUAUUGAUAAGUACUCAGAGCAGGUUUCCCUAAAAGAGGACAGUGUUUAUCGCAGGAUGUAUGUAAUCAAUAAGUGUUUCUCUCGGAAAACAAUGGAAGAAAUUUUAUCUUCUCUUGAGACCGAAGCUACGAGUAAGGCAGACAGUUGGAUUUCUACAACUCUUGAAACCUUGAAGAAAUCAUCUCCAACAAGCCUUAAAAUCUUUCUUAGAUUGAUUAGAGAAGUCAGGCUUCUAGGUGUUGGUGAUUGCCUUGUUCGUGAAUAUAGAAUUGUUUGCCAUAUCUUACAAGGACACCAUAGCAAAGAUUUCUUUGAGGGUUGUAGAGCUAUACUGAUAGACAAAGACAGGAAACCAAAGUGGGAACCUUCCAAAUUGGAGCUUCUGAGUGACAGCGAUGUUGACAGAUACUUCUCUAAGCUUGAUGCUGAAGGGUGGAAAGAUUUGGAGCUUCCCAAAAGGUUCAAAAACUUGCCUGCACAUGCUAUUUCCAAGCUUUAA